CAGCUCAGAAGCGUUUUUCCUAAACGCAGCAGAGAAGCAGCUAAAAUGAAGGACAACAUUUUGGGCCGUAUUUGUAUCAUUAUCUUGUGCGCUGUGGUUUUUGUAGCCGUCUUGGUCGUGAACGCGUUGGCCGGAGCGGGCAGAGGUCCUUUCCACUCCAGUACUGGCAAUGUGUCGGCCCGUUAUGAGACGGACAUCACUCCAGCUGGUUGGACCUUCUCCAUCUGGGGUGUUAUUUAUACCUGGCUCACUCUGAUGGUCAUUUACCUCACUUCAUAUGUCUUUAGAGGAUCCUGGGCUCAGUCUCUACUACCCUACAGUUUCUACUUGUUCUUGCUGUGCAACAUGCUGCUGAACAUGACGUGGCUCAUGCUGUGGGACAGGGAGUUGAUGUUGGCAUCUCUGGUUGUGCUGAUCCUGAUAGCGUUUACCAACUACUGUGCUUUGUUCUGCUCCUGCUAUGCCACAGACUACUAUGGACUGUGGUUGCAUACGUAUCAUGGCAAAGACCUGGCCUGUCUCCGAAUACUGGUCCAGAAUGGUUUGGCCGUCUACACCACAUGGACCAGCAUUGCCUCUCUGCUCAAUUUCUCUGUGGUUCUCCACCUGUGGGGUGUUGACAAGAGUACAGCAGCAACUGCCUCUCUGUGCAUCCUUUUUGCAGAAGUAGUGGGAUGGUUCAUUCUGGAGAACUGGGUGCUGGACCGAUGGGUGCGUAACAUUUUGACCGUGUACCUAGUGGUGAUCGUAGCUCUGGUUGGAAACGUCUACAAACACUUUAAUCCAGCUGAUCCCACUCCCAAUGCUCUGUUUACAGUGGUACUGCUGGUGUUGGCGUGCAUCCUGUUUGUUUCCCGAUUCUGCACAGUCAUCUGGAGGAACAAGUGGCGGCCUCUCUACUCACCGGGUUCAGCGAGACUGAUGGUGUCACCCCUCGAUGGCAGCAAAUUCAAGAUGUUUCACUGAGGGGAGCUUAUAGAUUUCAACCUGUUGCAGGAUUUAAACUCUCAGACUACACAAAGUCUUAUUGUGUUUACUCACAACUUUGCUUUGUUAAGAGGUAAAUUGUAGUUUUAAAGAGAGUCUUUGCUAAAACAGGAAAU